AUGAGUGAGAUUUUGCUUUUGUUCGCGAAAGUGCCGCGAGGCCUGAACCACAAUCCAACCGAACGAUCUGCGUUCGCUGAUUUAGCGUCCUCACAGCCCACCUGGUGGGACUGUGAGCCUGAAUCGAAAUCUAGUCUAGACGAAGUCGGAGCCCAGUAUAGUUCUACUGCUGGAACCGUUUCUGAGAAUUUGGAAUUCCUGUUCGACGAGGGAUUGUCGUUCUUCUCGGAUUUAUCAGAGCAGAGUCAAGAGCUCUCAAACGAGAAUUUACUCUCAGCUUAUAAUUUGACAGGGCCACCGAGUACUCUGGCCUUGAAUGGGUCGGCAGCGAACGAGGUCGACGUUUUCGUCAAGGCAACGUUUCCGUUGAUCCAGCCUGGGAACGCCAUCGAGAUUCAGUUUGGCAACUACCAACUCUCAAAUGCCAACCAGAGGGCAAAAGUGGCCAACGGAUAUCCCCGUAACAAUUUCCACUCGUCCAACGUUGAACUCGCAGCCUAG